UAAAUGGCAAAUAGUCACACAACCAACAUAGAAAAGCUUUCCUUUCUCACCUUGCGAUCUAUGGGGCAGAUGAUGUAAAGGUCAUCUAUUUCUGUUGCCCACAGUUAACGAGCGUGUUAUGUGGCCAGCACAACGACCAACCGCAUUUACUUUUCCCCAGCUAAUGCCAGGUAUCCAUUAAAGCUGGGUGGACUCAGGGGAGCUCUAAAGAUUCCGAAAUUGAAAAACCCAGCCAUGACCUGGAUUCGAACCCGGGACCCUCCGGUUCGGAAGCGUUGCACUUUACCACUCCUUUCUGUACACGGAGAUUUACAGACACAUUGACCACAACAUCACAAGAGUCGAGUGACCCAUGGUCAGUCUCCAGUACAGCAAGACUUAACACGAUGUGUAAAGUCAAGAAUAAAUUCGCGGUAUUCGCGGUCAUUUCCUUUGCCGCCAUCUUGAACUUGACCUUGUUCUACAGCGUCUCGCAGAAGUUGAAGAAAAGUAGGUCAUUCGGGGGCAGUUUCCUUUACUACAUAUCUGGCAACGACGUCACAACGUCACUCUUCAUAAAAGAUGGCAACGUCAACCAGUCCGUCAAUCAGACAAUCCAUCAGUCAGUCAAUCAAUCAUUUGCGCCUACAGAUGAAAGCUCCGGAGAUUCGCCAAGUUCUUCCGGUGACUCGAGCUGGUGCUCUUUCCCGCAACUGGAUCCUUUCGAUAGUAAAAUCCGGCAUCUCUUAAAGGCCGCCAAGCCCAUUGACUGCUCUGCGCACUGGCCCAACUUGGUCUACGCCGAUGGCGACUAUCUCUACGUGAACAUGUCAAAGGUCAAGCCUUCGCACAAGUUCAAGCAUUGUCGGUAUGUUUCACGAGCUCGCCAUGGGGGCAACUGCUCCGACAGAAAAACAAAGACUCUCUACACAAGUGACUAUUUCACAACAUACAUCAAAGUGAAUGAAACAGACUCCUACGUCUUUGUAGAGUGUCUCAGCACCUCCCGCAGCGUCAUAUCCCGGUCUUACAUUACGCUCAUUCGAAAAAGACACGCUCUUGAGGAGGAGCUCUAUCAAAACCUCGCAAGCCACCGAAAGACCGCAUCGCCGAAAGAAACCCUAAGCGUCAUUAUGCUCGGCCUGGACGGCAUGUCGAAGCAAAACUUCCAGCGAACAAUGCCCAAAACUCGAGAGUUCCUCGAACGAGAUUUACAGGCCGUGGAACUUCGGAAGUUCAACAAAAUCGGGCUCAACACGUUCCCGAACUUUGCCGGUCUGUUGGCAGGGCGCCACGAAGAAGAGCUCAAGUAUUCUUAUAAUGAGUAUCUAGAUAAGAUUAACGAUAAAUUCAUAUGGAGCCCGUACCGGAAAGCUGGAUACCGGACGUUCUUAAUGCUCGACUCAAUGGCGGUGAGCGCGUUUCACUAUUUGAAACUUGGGUGGAUGAAGCCGCCCGUUGACUAUUACGUCAGAGAGAUGGUCAUCGACUCGGACAUAGACAAAAAGACCAGAGGGAAGGAGUUCCAGUGCUACGGCGAUAAGACAGAAAUAGAAACACUUACGGACCUCGUUGUUCAGUUUGCUAGGGUGUUUAAUCAUUCAACAACGCCGUACUUCUCUUUCAGUUUCCUGAUGCGUCAGACACACGACCAGCAACACUUGGCGGCUGCUGGAGACAUCUUGUACUUCAAUUUUCUGAGGACAUUGGUGGACAACAACCUACUGACCAACACUUUGCUGAUCUUUUUUAGUGACCACGGUCCAAGGUUUGGAGCUUUCAGGCAAACGCUACAAGGAAUGAUCGAAGGGCGGACUCCAUAUUUCUAUUUUGUUUUUCCCGCUUGGUUCAAGGCUAAAUACCCGGAAGUGAUGAAAGUGCUUAGCGUCAAUCAAGACAGGCUGACUUCCCACUUCGACGUUCAUGAAACGCUCAUGGACAUCCUCAACUUCCAAGGAGAAACAGGCCAAGGGGAGCUGACCAGCAGAGGCAUCAGCUUGUUCAAGGAAAUCCCCAGAGAACGUACGUGCGAACAUAUAGGUGUUCCGGUAGAGUACUGCGCAUGCGUGCAGCUCUCUGAGAGCAGCGUGGCGCCUGAAGUCAAGCAGAAAAUGGCCAAGACAAUCUUGUAUCAUGUUAUAUCGCUAACAGAGCACAUUAGAAAAUCGUGCGCGGCGUAUACCCUAACCUCAGUUAAUGCGGUGCUGAAAAUGUCUUUAAAGAAAGAUGAUAAGGAACUGUAUGCCUUGCUCAUCACUGCCAAUCCUGGAAAUGCAGUUUUUGAAGGUUAUGUGACUUUAGAUAAAAACGGCAGUACUACUCUAUCAGGACAUGUUAUUAGAGCAAGCAUGUACGGUAAACACGCUAACUGCAUCAACGACUUGCAUUUACGAAAUUAUUGUUACUGUAGACGUUAAAAAAAAAACCACCUAA